AUGACGUUACUGGAACGUCUCAGAGAUUUCGAUGCGUACACCAAGCCGCUGGAUGAUUUCCGUGUUCGGACGUUCGCUGGCGGAGCUGUUACUCUAUUAACUAGCGCUAUGAUCAUAUUUAUGUUCGUGUCAGAAGUGCUGUCGUUUUUAUCGGUGGAUAUAGUUGAACAGCUUUAUGUGGAUUCUUCACCUGCUGAGCAGCGAGUCGAUGUUAAUUUUGACAUCACAUUCCCUCGUUUACCUUGUUCUGUGAUAACAGUUGAUGUGAUGGAUUUAAGUGGUGAUAAUCAGGAUGAUAUCAAAGACGAUGUAUAUAAAAUAAGUUUGUUAGAUGGAAAAGAAGGAAAUGGGGUCAGGCAAGGAGUGAAUAUUAAUACGACCACGGUAUCAUCAUCCCCUACCUCUCAAGUUUUGUGUGGUAGUUGUUAUGGAGCAAAAGACGGAUGUUGCAAUACGUGUGAAGAGGUGAAGGAUGCAUACAUUGAAAAAGGAUGGGAAUUAGUCAAUAUUGAAACUGUUGAGCAAUGUAAAAGCGAUUCAUGGAUAAAGAAAAUGAACGAAAAUAAAAAUGAAGGUUGUCGAAUUUAUGGCAAGGUCCAAGUCGCUAAGGUUGCUGGUAAUUUCCACAUUGCGCCCGGUGAUCCACUCAGAGCCCAUCGAUCUCAUUUUCAUGAUUUACAUUCACUUCCACCGUCAAAAUUCGAUACGAGUCACACAAUCAAUCAUUUUUCUUUUGGGAAUUCAUUUCCGGGAAAGAUUUAUCCAUUGGAUGGAAAGUUCUUCGGAUCUGCAAAAGAUUCAAAUGGUAUAAUGUAUCAGUAUCAUCUAAAAUUGGUACCAACUUCAUAUGUUUUUUUGGAUUCUUCGCAGAAUAUCUUCAGUCAUCUUUUCUCUGUUACUACAUACCAAAAAGAUAUAUCUCAAGGAGCGUCCGGUUUACCUGGUUUUUUCGUACAAUACGAAUUUUCACCGUUGAUGGUCAAAUAUGAGGAAAGGCGACAGAGCCUCUCUACAUUCCUUGUAUCAAUAUGUGCAAUUAUUGGUGGUAUUUUCACGGUUGCAAGCUUGAUCGAUGCAUUCAUUUAUCGUUCGGGACGAAUUAUUAGCCAGAAGAUUGCGCUUAAUAAAUAUACAUAG